AUGCGUGAUGAGAAACCGACGGCUUAUCUACAUUGUUUACGAGCCCUUGCAGGAGACCAGUGUGAAGACGCCAUCAUCCGCUCUCUGCUCUUUGAGCAGUUACCAGAAGUUGCUCGAGUAAUACUUGCAAUCUGCGACACAUCAGAUCUCCAGCGGUUAGCAGAGAUGGCUGAUAAGGCACUAGACGCAAUGAGACCAAUGGUGGCAGCAACCCAAAUCGUGCCUGCAAAGAGUUCAAACACACAGGCUACCACAGGUAUGCUGUCUACAUUAGAAGAGUCACUUAACGCACUCACAUUACAGGUCUCAAAAAUGCAGAAACAACUAGAUCGCAACGAACGAUUCCGUCGCUCCCGUAGCAGAGGAAAAGAAAACCAACCUAGAACAUUGAUACCUGCACCUACGCAUACAAAUAAGCCUGAGUUCUGUUACUAUCAUAAUAGAUUUGGUGCCAACGCAAGGAAGUGCCAGCACCCUUGUACGUGGACUCAAGGAGCUAAGCCGUAG